AUGAAGACGCUGAAUAGUUUUAUUGGAAGCAUGAAAGCUCAAGACUUCAAAGAUGCUUUGAACUUCUUUACUAUUCGCUUCAAUCCAAGAUCUAGUAUAACAGAUCUGAAGAAAGCUCAUAAACGUUCAUUAUACAAUGCAUGUAUGCAAAAUAAUAUAAGGACUGUUGAAGACUUUACUUCUAGAGUACAAACAGUUAACCAACACUUAGAUUCUUUGAUGAACAUGGAUUCUCAACCAGGAAGAACAAGAAGAUCUGAAGAAAGUCGAGAUCACGUACAAGCUUUAAUGAAUAUGGCACCACAACCUGGUAGACAACAGUCAAAUCAUGAAACAAGACAUACAAUCUGGCAGAUGUUAAACAUUUCUCCUUUAUACUCUGAUCCAGUAGAACCAGCAAUAGAUGAGAACAACCUUGCUAAAGUACAGGUCGAAAAUGCUUACAGAACAAUUGCUAGCAUUAAUGGAAAAAGAGCUGAAGGUGAAGUAUGGUUAAGUCCAAAUGUUAAAGCAAACAAUAGAUACAUGAGAUUUGACAUACAAGAUUAUGAUGCAGAAGGUAAGGAUUACUUCAAUAGAAUGUUUCCUAAAGUAAUGACAGAAUUUAUUAAACAGAUCGAUGCAUUUAAACAGAAUUGGACCUUUUAUUAUGACAUGUCUAGUCGAACAAACAUAUUACGUCAUCUUAAUGUCAAUACAAUGGGUUCAUUAGUUCAUCAACUCCUUAAUGAAUCACCUAUUGAUGAAGUAAGAGCAUUAGCUGCAACAGUACUUGAAUCAAACUAUGACUUCUUCCUUUGCAACAUUCCUGAGUUAAGAAAGAUCGAGAUCUUUGACUACACAAUGUUUCAAAAUAUACCUGUAAUGAAGAUACGUAAUGGAAACGUUCAAGAUGAGAUACAACUUACUGAGAUGGAGAAGAAGAUUCUUAAAGCUGCAAAGAAAGGUGGUGCAGGAGAUCUUGCAAUGGAAUACUUCAAACAGAUGAGAGACCAAUUGACAAAGAAGAACAGAACAAACCGUUCAAGAAACGCACAAUUAUGGACAUGGACAUUGAAGCUUCCGAUCAACCUUGAAAGGUAUCAGAUCUUUAAUGAACUCAAUGCAAGGACUGCAAAACUUAUGAUGAAUGAUUGUUGCUUUAUCUAUGCUUGUAUUGAAGCUGGCGUUGAUGAAAACACAAUAGAUCAUAUGCGUGAAAUGAUCAGAGUCAAAGACUUUCCAAUGAUGAAGAUAAAAGUCAUUGCAAAAGAGACGGGAAUAAAGUUUCAUGUCAUUAAAUACAAUCCAGACUAUUCUAAUUAUUCUUACACAUUUGAACCAGAUGGAGAACCAAGGAUGACGAUAGAACUUCUUUUAAUGAAUGAUCAUUACAUGCUCAAUGAAAAAGUUCCUAUUAGUACAAUGUUCAUCAAAGAUUAUGACAACAUCUGUCAAGUUUGCAAAGAUUGGUCAUUAGAGAAGAAAAUGCUCAUCAACAGAAAGUAUGAAACAAGAUACGCCAUCAAUUCAAAGCUUGUGACUCCAAUCAGUAAAAUCCUUGAACUUCGUUUCAAACAUAACUAUUUCGAACCUAUCAGAACUGGUGAGUUAUGUACAUAUUUCACAACUUUAUACAAAGAGAAACUAGGUGAAAUGAUUGACUUAAAUUACACACCGAAAUAUUGUACAAGAGUCAAGAAAGAUUGGAGUGCAACAACGAAGAAAGACAUGAAGUUUCCAAGAGAACAUGUUUUCUUUGCUGACUUCGAAGCUUCAACUGAUGGUGACAUUCAUAAAGCUUACAACAUUUGUUACAUGGAAGAUGAUGAUGACAGUUAUACUUCCAUUUGGGGAGAUAAUUGUGCUCAAAAAUUCCUUGAAGCUUUACCAGAUAAGAGUUUAGUAUAUUUCCACAACUUAUCUUAUGAUAUCACUUUCCUCAUGUCUCGUCUUGAAGAAGUAACAGGUACACCUAUCAUCAAAGGAUCACAAACGAUGCAGAUACAAGGAAAAUAUCAUGGUAAGUUAUUAUGCUUCAAAGAUUCUUAUGCUAUCAUUACAACAAAACUUGAAAAUUUCCCUGAAAUGUUUAAGCUUGAAAGUGGUGAAAAAGAAGUUUUCCCAUAUAAUUACUACACAGAAGACCUUGUUAAGACAACAAGAAUUGGCAACAUUGAUGAUGCCAUGAAUCAUGUCAAAGAUAUUGAAGCUUUUUAUCAGAACAUUGAGAAGAUUGAAGGUUGUAAGAUAGAUGAUGAACACUUCGACAUGGAAGUUUAUUCAUCAUUCUAUUGCGGUCAAGAUGUGCGCAUUUUACGAGAUGGAUUCCUCAAGUUCCGUAAUGAUGUCAUGAAAGAGUUUGAAAUAGAUGCUUACGAUUAUGUUUCAAUGAGUUCUAUCUCAAACAAACUCUUUGAGAUGAGAGUAUAUUGGAAGAAUGGAAACUUAUUCGACUUAGCAGGAAAACCAAGAGAAUACAUCUCUAAGUGCAUUCAAGGAGGAAGAUGCAUGUUAGCAAACAAUGAGAAACAUUUCACUGACUUUGAUGCUGUAUCAUUGUAUCCAUCAGCAAUUGCUAGACUUUACUGUUUAGAAGGAAUUCCAGAGGUCAUGACAGAAGAGAUGAAGAGCAGUGAAUACUUGUUAGAACAUCUCUUUGAUGAUGACCAAGCUGAACCAACAAAGGAAAAGUUCAUCUCAGGAUUUUACUAUCAGAUCGAGAUCUUGUCGAUUGGUAAAAAGUCAGCAUUCCCAUUAAUUGUCGUCAAUCCUGACAUCAAUCCUGACCUUAAUGUUGCUCGCAGUUCCAAUACAUGUUGUAAGAUGUUCGUAGACCACAUUACGCUUCAAGAUCUGAUCAACUUUCAAGAGAUCACAUGCAAAGUCAUUGAUGGAUACUAUUAUGAUGGUAAAAGGACUUGA